CAGACAGACAGGUGGAGACAGACAGACAGACAGACAGGUGGAGACAGACACAGACAGACAGGUGUCCAGUCCUCCGCAGCAGCAGCCGGACUCUUCCUCUCUCCGCAGGCUGUUGCGGCUCCGCGGGGCGCAGCGCUGCUGUUUGCGGCUCUCUCUGCGGGUCUUUGCGUCUCUCUGCGGACCGAACGGAGCGGCUCAGUUCGCAGGUAUUUAACUUUAUUUUUCUCACCUGUUGGCCCAUAAAGUGGAUCAAACCGCAGGAACCAGUUAAUUAAAUCAGAACUUUAUUGAUCGCUAGGUUAGGCUUAGUUUUUAUUUUCUCAGAUUUCCAGUUUUCUGAUCAAAGAUCAAAUUUAUUACAAAUUAAUGCCUUCUUCCUUCUCCAUUCUUUAAAACCAGUUGAUAAAAAUUGAUGAGUUGCUGCAGCUGAUCGGUGCUGAUUGGUCAGUGAUCAGAAGAACAGAAAUCACCUUUUAUUAUUUUAUUUUUAUUUUUGGGGGCUAGAGAAUAUUCAGGUGAGAGCUAAAUAUUAAAAUAAUAUGCAAAUUCAUCUGAAAAUAACCAGAAGUGGACUACCAAAAUAAAAGCUGGGUCUCAACUCAUGUCUGAUCAUGUAAGGAGUCAUGUGACUCGAUACGGAUCAUGUGACUCGAUACGGAUCAUGUGACUCGAUACGGAUCAUGUGACUCGAUACGGAUCAUGUGACUCGUAUCGGAUCGUGUUCCAUCUCCUUGGUUGCCGUGUCCCCAGGUGUCUGUCAGGAUGAACGGUCCAUGCUGAACGUCGCCUCAGCAUGACAUCAUCAGGCCCCGCCCCCUUCUCCCUCUGUCCUGACGUUGUUGCCGCUGGUCGCCUCGGUGCCCUGUGGCCCCGCCUCCUGCUGCCUCUCUGGAUCUGGACCGGCGAUCCGGUGGGCCAGGCACAGGCCUCGCACCAGCACUUCCACCCCCACUCCAUCAAGCUGCCUGGUGACAUCACACUGGGGGGGCUGUUCCCCAUCCACGCCCGCGGCCCCCACGGCGUGAACUGCGGUGAGCUGAAGAAGGAGAAAGGUAUCCACCGCAUGGAGGCCAUGUUGUACGCCCUGGACCAGAUCAACGGCGAUCCCGAGCUGCUGCCCAACAUCACGCUGGGCGCCCGCAUCCUGGACACCUGCUCCAGGGACACCUACGCCCUGGAGCAGUCCCUCACCUUCGUCCAGGCACUGAUCCAGAAGGACACGUCUGACAUCCGCUGCUCCAACGGCGAGCCGCCCCUCAUCCGCAAACCGGAGAGGGUGGUGGGCGUGAUCGGAGCGUCGGCCAGCUCCGUGUCCAUCAUGGUGGCCAACAUCCUGCGGCUGUUCGAGAUUCCUCAGGUGAGCUACGCGUCCACGGCUCCAGAGCUCAGCGACAACAACCGCUACGACUUCUUCUCCCGGGUCGUUCCGCCGGACUCAUACCAGGCCCAGGCCAUGCUGGACAUCGUCAAGGCUCUGGGCUGGAACUACGUCUCCACGCUGGCGUCCGAGGGCAACUACGGCGAGAGCGGCGUGGAGGCCUUCAUGCAGAUCUCCAGAGAGGCCGGUGGUGUGUGCAUUGCCCAGUCGGUGAAGAUCCCCCGAGAGCCAGCUGAGGGUGAGUUCGAUAAGAUCAUCAAACGUUUGAUGGAGACAAGUAACGCCAGAGGAGUCAUCAUCUUCGCCAACGAGGACGACAUCAAGCGUGUUCUUGAAGCGGCGAGGCAGGCUAACCUGACGGGUCACUUCCUGUUUGUUGGGUCAGACAGCUGGGGGGCCAAGAGCUCACCAAUCGCCGAGCUGGAAGACGUUGCAGAAGGCGCUGUCACCAUCUUGCCCAAGCGGGCCUCGAUUGACGGUUUUGAUCAGUACUUCAUGUCUCGGUCCCUGGAGAACAACCGCAGGAACAUCUGGUUUGCCGAGUUCUGGGAGGACGACUUCAGGUGCAAAUUGACCCGUCCCGGAAUCAAACUGGACUCAGACAAGAAGAAGUGCACAGGAGGCGAGCGAAUUGGUCAGGACUCGUCCUACGAGCAGGAGGGAAAGGUUCAGUUUGUGAUUGAUGCUGUUUAUGCCGUCGCCUACGCUCUGCACAACAUGCACCAAGACCUCUGUCCCAACAGCCACGGGGUCUGCAGCAGCAUGGACCCGGUGGAGGGGCGCCUGCUGCUGGACUACAUCAGAGCCGUCAACUUCAACGGAAGUGCUGGGACCAGCGUUCUGUUCAACGAGAACGGAGACGCUCCAGGACGCUACGAUAUCUUCCAGUUUCAGAUGACCAACCACAGUCAUCCUGGCUACCACGUCAUCGGCCAGUGGACCAACAACCUGAGGCUCAAUCUGGAGGAGAUGCAGUGGUCAGGAGGAGACAAAUCCGUUCCAGAGUCCAUCUGUAGCUUCCCCUGCAAACCCGGAGAGCGAAAGAAGAUGGUGAAGGGAGUCCCCUGCUGCUGGCACUGCGAGCUCUGUGACGGGUACCAGUACCAGUUGGACGAGUUCACCUGUGAAAUGUGUCCAACGGACAUGCGGCCCGUCCCCAACCGGACGGCCUGCUGUCCCACGCCCAUCAUCAAGCUGGAGUGGAACUCUCCCUGGGCCCUAGUGCCCGCCUCUCUCGCCAUGCUGGGUAUCCUAGCAACCAGCGCCGUGGUGGUCACCUUCAUUCGCUUUAAUGACACCCCUAUCGUCAGGGCGUCGGGAAGAGAGCUGAGCUACGUCCUCCUGACCGGUAUCUUUCUGAUUUACCUGAUCACCUUCCUGAUGAUCGCGGAGCCAGGUGUGGGGGUGUGUGCGUUCCGGCGCCUCCUGCUGGGCCUCGGCAUGGCCAUCACCUACUCCGCCAUGCUAACCAAAACCAACCGCAUUUACAGAAUCUUCGAACAGGGCAAGAAGUCGGUGACUCCUCCUAAAUUCAUAAGCCCCACCUCCCAGCUCGCCAUCACCUUCAUCCUCAUUUCUGUCCAGGUUCUGGGCGUGUUCAUGUGGUUCGCUGUGGUUCCUCCUCACACCAUCAUCGACUACGAGGAGCUCCGCCCACCAAACCCAGACCUGGCCCGAGGCAUCCUCAAGUGUGACAUGUCGGACCUGUCCAUCAUCUGCUGCCUGAGCUACAGCAUCGUUCUUAUGGUAACAUGUACAGUUUACGCCGUGAAGAGCCGAGGCGUUCCGGAGACGUUCAACGAAGCGAAGCCCAUCGGCUUCACCAUGUACACCACCUGCAUCGUCUGGCUGGCCUUCGUCCCCAUCUUCUUUGGUACCGCUCAGUCCACUGAGAAGAUGUUCAUCCAGACUGCCACCCUGACCGUCUCCAUGUCCCUCAGUGCUUCUGUCUCUCUGGGGAUGCUGUACAUGCCCAAAGUUUACGUCAUCGUCUUCCACCCGGAGCAGAACGUCCAGAAGAGGAAGAGGAGCUUCAAGGCGGUUGUCCAGGCGGCCACACUGUCCCAGAAGACGGACAAACCGAACGGAGACACCAAGAUCGAACCCGACAGAACUCAGUAGCUCCACCUGCUGGAGGUACCAGCCAACCAGAGGAGAGCCUGAUGACGUCAUCACCAUCAUUAUCAUGAAGACGCUGAGCUUUUAUUGUGAAAACCAGACUUUAGGUCAGACAGGAAGUGAAGACGUUGUGUUCAGGGGAUGGUGUGAAGCUCAGUGAUGUUACCAUGGCAACAUUGGACAUUGGGACAUCAUUCUGCCUGGUGGGGGUCUGUGACAUCACUGACAACACCUGAGCACUUCCUGUCAGAGUCUGACUUUUCACAAUAAACGUUUUACACUAAAUGUUUUCUAAGAAAUGGGUGAACUGCAGGGGGGGUUACCUGAGGAGCUCACCUGUUGCUUCUGCCUGUUUCCAUGGAACAUGUGAUGGUCAGUUCUGGGUUCUGGUUCUGAGGUUCAGGUUCUGAGCAUCUCAGUGAAACAGAACCUCAGUCCACAGAUCCAGAACUUCUAACAUUCCUGUGAAUCUCUCUGUGAAUAAAUGAUGUAAUCUCAAA